AUGGCUGCUCUUUCAGCUAGGAGUUGUUUCUACGGCAAAACCAAUCUCAACAUUCGGAAAUUCCCAGAAAGAAGUAGUCCAAGAACUCUAGUUAUCGUGUCUUGCCAGAGCCAGGAACCAAUUGAUGAAGUUACAGACAAGCUUAGAACAAAGGAAGAGAUUAAACCAAAGGAGCAGAAGGAAGGAAAUAAACAAUCUUUGCCUUAUUUCCUUGGCUUUGAGGAGCUGGGAAAGUCCUUGAGAGAGAAUUUGAGCCCAAAGCAAAAGGGUGACUGGAAAGAUGUGACUUUAAUGAGCAUAUCUUUUGCUGUUUAUGUAUAUAUGUCACAACAGAUUGUUUGUGCUUACUUUGCUUGGAUGUCCAUUCCUAGACAACAAUGGUAG